AUGGCAGCCUUUGUGGCAGUUUCCGGCUCAGCCCCCAACACUGCGCUGCGUGGAGCACUGCACACGGCACCCCAGGUACCGGCUCCAUCGGCUCCUGCAGCUUCCUUGGCAGCCAAGGGAGUCCUGGGUGUGGCUGCCGUUGGGGCAGCAGUGGCAGCAGGCACACGCCGCAAGCACCGCUCGGCACUGACAGGUGGUGCCGCGACGGUGACCAAGCUGUCCAAGCCCCGCUCUCUGGCCGACGCAAAGGUUGUCGUGUGCGCUGGCGCGAUGCUCCCGGAGGGCCGCAAGUUGCGUGUGGCAGUGAUUGGUGGCGGUCCUGCAGGGGCCAGCACUGCUGACGCCUUGGCUCAGGAGGGCAUUGAGACCUACCUCAUCGAGCGCAAGCUGGACAACUGCAAGCCUUGUGGUGGAGCCAUCCCUCUGUGCAUGAUUGACGAGUUUGGCCUUCCCAAGGACAUCGUGGAUCGCCAGGUGCGCAAGAUGACCAUGAUCUCCCCUACCAACAAGGAGGUCCAGAUUGGCCAGACCCUGAAGGAUGACGAGUUCAUCGGUAUGGUGCGCCGUGAGGUGCUUGAUGACUUCCUUCGCCAGAGGGCCAAGAAGAACGGCGCCACGCUGAUCAACGGCCUGUUUAUGGGCAUGACCAUCCCACAGAACAAGGGUGAGUCGUACCUGUUGACCUACAACGACUACGCUGAGGAAGCAGGCAAUGCUCGCAAGGGCGAGAAGAAGACCCUCGAAGUCGAUGUCGUGGUUGGAGCUGAUGGUGCUAACAGCCGAGUCGCCAAGGACAUCGAGGCUGGCGACUACGAGUAUGCCAUCGCCUUCCAGGAGCGCAUGCGCAUUCCAGAGAACAAGAUGGACUACUACAAGGACCGCGCGGAGAUGUACGUUGGAGACGACGUCUCGCCUGACUUCUAUGCAUGGGUUUUCCCCAAGUGUGACCAUGUCGCCGUGGGCACUGGAACCGUGAUUGACAAGAAGGGCAUCCAGAGGUAUCAGCAGGGCAUCCGUGACCGAGCGGCUGUGCGCAUUGAUGGGGGAGAGAUUAUCCGCGUCGAGGCGCACCCUAUUCCAGAGCACCCCCGACCUUGGCGCGUGAAGGACAGGGCAAUCCUUGUGGGUGAUGCCGCUGGCUACGUGACCAAGUGCUCUGGCGAGGGCAUCUACUUUGCCGCAAAGAGCGGCCGCAUGUGCGCAGAGACCAUUGUCAAGAAGUCAAAGAAUGGAGUGCGCAUGAUUGACCAGGCGGACCUCAUGGAACACAUCCGUGAGUGGGAUUCAAAGUAUGGCCCUACGUACCUGGUGCUGGACUUGCUGCAGAAGGUCUUCUACACCAGCGAUGCGGCCCGCGAGAGCUUCGUGGAGCUCUGUGAGGAGGAGUACGUGCAGAAGGUGACCUUCGACUCUUACCUGUACAAGACGGUCCAGGGCAACGACCCUAUGGGUGAUCUCAAGCUGGGCUGGAAGACUCUCAGCUCUCUGUACAAAAACAACAACUCGGAGCCUGAGCCCAUGCGAACCCUUGCAUGA